AUGGAGCAGACUGACUUGCUAUCUUCAUUUAAACCAAAUGGAGCUCUCAUGCACAUACAUCACUUCAAUAGGGGGCGUGGAAAAGGAAGAGGAAAUGGGUAUCCGUGUCCUCUAACCAAAUUUACUGAAGAAUUUGACUUCAUGGCAAUGAAUGAGAAAUUCAACAAGGAUGAAGUGUGGGGCCAUCUCGGUAAAAGCAAAUACGUGACACAUGACAGUGAAGGAGGUGAAAAUGACGACGAAUUUGAUGAUAAUCUGGAGGAAGAAGAUGCUGAAACUGAUAAACAUGAGAUCAAGCCUGUCUAUGUGAAGGAUGACUUCUUCGACACCCUGUCCAGCAACACCCUUGAACGGGAUUCGCAAGGCAGGAGAAUUUUUUUGUGA